AUGCCGCUGACCUUCGACUUUGGCCCAGAGAAUCGGCCAGAUGUACUGGCGAAGCGAGCCAAAACACCAGUCACCUUGCUGGCGGGCUUCCUGGGGUCCGGGAAAACCACGUUGCUGAAACAUUUGCUGGAAAACCAGCAUGGGUUGCGCAUUGGAGUUGUUGUCAAUGACCUGGCCUCCGUCAACAUCGACUCUCAGCUAAUGCGGCGGUAUGAUCAUGGCCUCGUUGAGAUUGCUGAGCUGCAAAACGGCUGUGUUUGCUGCUCUUCUGCAGAUGACCUUUUUUCAGCCGUGCAGACCAUUGUCAUGCGCUCUAAGGAUUGCCCCUUUGAGCACAUUCUUGUUGAGCUGAGCGGCAUUGGAGAUCCGCAGGCGAUCCGCUGCAACUGGGCUUUGGCAACAGACUGUCAGCUGCCAGCGGCAAUGUUGACACAACUGGCCAAAGUCAUCACAGUGGUGGAUGCAAGCGCCUUCCUGGCAGAUUGGAGAGACACAAGGAAGGCCUUGGAGAGGAAUGGCUCUGCUGAGCACGACGGGCGAGGGCGUGGUAAAGGCUAUAGCACCAGCAGAGAGAUGGUUGGUAAUCUCCUUGCGGAGCAGAUUGAAUUGGCGGAUGUGUUGGUCGUCAACAAAUGUGACCUUGCAAAGGCGGAGGAGCUGAGCAAAACUCUACAAACAUUGCGGGCCAUCAAUCCGACAGCAGAGCUAUGCCAGACGGAAUUUGCUCGUGUGCCUUCCGCCGUGCUCCCACCUGUUCCCAUUGGCCUAAAAAUUCAAACUGCUGGGCAAGAAAAAGGUUAUAGCUGGACACAGACCACCAAGGAGGUUCAGCUCAAAAUGCCCAUCGAGAAGCACGUGAAGGGCAAGGAUAUUGACUUUACUUUGAGGAAGGGCUCCUUGACGCUGGGCCUGAAAUUGCGGGAGGUGGCCAAAGGCGUUUUGGCAGGAGAGGUUGCGAAUGCUGAUGAUGCCAUGUUCGAGAUUGAAAGCAUUGGGCAAGAGCGGCACGUCCUGCUUUGCUUAGAGAAGAAGGAGCCUGGGAUGUGGAGCAGUCUUUGGAAACAGUCCGGUGUUCCUGCUUGUGGCCACCAGCAUUGCAAUGGCCAUUGCUUCCAAGCCAAGCCUGUGAGGAUAGCAAGUGAAGAGGGGAGACCCUUUUGGAGCUUCGUGUUCCAACGGCGGAGACCCUUCCACGGUCAGCGGCUGCAGCAUCUCCUGGAAGAGUGGCAGGAUGCGCUGUCCUGCAGCUUUGACAUUGAACAAGAGGUGCUUGAAGUUGAUUCCACUAGCCAGGCAGCACUGCAAGGAGUGCUGCGCUCAAAAGGCUUUGCUUGGUCCACUACAGAGCCACUGCGCUGCCUUCGAUGGUCCCAGGCCGGGCGCUGCGUGAGCUGCGCGCCGGAGGACUACUGGUGGCAGCCGCUCAACUCGGAGCAGAGAAGAUUCCGAUUGAGUUAUCCAGGAGCGGAGGCUGAGUUCAGGGAACUGCAGCAAAAGUGGCAUCACGAGUGGGGAGACUGCAGGCAAGAACUGGUUUUCAUUGGAGGGUCCGAAAUGGUGGAGGAGACCAUUGUUGGGCUUCUGGAAGAGUGCUUGCUGACAGAUGCAGAGUUUGAGGAGUUCAAAGUCACAACUUCUCAACUCAAGAUGCCAGAUGACGAGUUUGGAGUCGAAGAACUCUUCAGAGAGACUGAAGCGCUUGAAGUCUCCGCAUCUCAGCAGGAGGAGCAAGCGAACUCAGACGAUGCUGAUACUGCGUUCGUAAGGUCUUUGGGAGUUGGCUGCAAGCUUCAGGACUCUGCCAAGUUUGAGGCAGUUGACUGA